UGAACUUUGAACUAAUUUUGCGUUUUAGUAAGCUAAACCACACAGUUUUGCUUGUUGCAGUUACGAAAGUUUACGGAGUUUCUGCUUCUGCACAUGGUUUGGAAUCAGUAUGGGCAAAGGAUUAGCAAGCUUUUGGGUACCAUUAUCAAUGUGAACUCGAGAAAUACGGUGAUAUUUGCUUCAUUUGGAUCAGUAUUGUCAGGAGUGUUUUAUUUUGCUGUGAAUGACUGCAAACAUGUAUAUAUGAAGAGUACAAGUACUGAUGUUCGCCGUCUUUCUCUAGAAGAGAAGUUUCGCACGUUUGCUUCCUUAGAGUUUCACGGCGUAAUACUCAUGACGCCCUCUGACUUCUUACGCUCUUUGGUUAAUGAUCAAACAGAUGUGAAGACCAAUGUUACCAAAGAUUCCGAAUUUGUCAAUAGAAUAAUGAAGAAAGCAACAGCGAAGAAAUAUGGAUCUCGAUUUUUCCGAAAUUUGCAGAAUGAUGGCAUAAUAACAUUUUCGGAGUAUUUGUUUCUGCUUCAUAUCCUCACAAAGUCUCCUUCAGGGUUUGAAAUAGCAUUUAAAAUGCUUGACAGAGAUAUGAGUGGUUCCGUUGAUGCAAAAGAAUUCAUGACUCUGAAUCAUAUAAUUGCAGAAAGCACAGAAGAUAUAUCAGUUGGUGAAAGUGAAAAGUGUGAUCUUGUACUUCCCAAUGAGCACGCCUACAAUACUACCCUUAUGACUCACCUUUUUGGAUAUACUAAAACUAAAAACCUCAGUUUCCAGGAGUUUGAAAGAUUCAUGCAAAAUGUGCAAACAGAAGCCUUAGAAGUUGAGUUUCAACAGUUUGCACUAGGUUCGUCUACAAUCACUCCGACUGAUUUUGCUCGAAUUUUACUCCGUUAUACUACUGUUUCUGCGACUGAGUAUGAUGCUUUUAUAACACGACUCCAAAAGCGUGUUCCUUCGAAUAUGACAAUUUCCUUCGACGAAUUUCAAAAGUUUUUCAUGUUUUUGAAUUGUCUGGAUGAUUUUGCAUUAGCGGUGAAAAUGUAUACUAUUGCCGGACAACCGAUAUCACUACCUGAAUUCAAAAGAGCAGUCAAAGCUUGUACCGGUAAUGAAUUAGGCUCAGAUAUUUUAACUGUAUUAUUUGCUUUGUUCGAUAUUGACGAAGAUAACUGUUUAAGUUACCAAGAGUUCAUUCACAUUAUGCGAGAGCGACAUUCUGGUGGAUUAUUGAAAACUACCAAAAACAAUAAUAUCAUGAAUAUGUAUCGAAAAUGUUUGAAACGUCAACUGCGAAGCUCUAUGAAUCAAUAACAAUAUAUAAUCAAGGAGUAUUACAAUAGAAAUUUUAUGCCUCAAUUGUUAGUUAUGUUUAUUUUUUUGGCUUUCCAUUUUAUUCAAUGUACAAUGGACUGUGAUACAAUCAAAAAAAUGGUGUAAUAUUUUUGCGCGGUUCAUACAAUUUAUAUGUAUAUUUAUGUAUCAUAAAUGAAGACUGCCAUGGCAAAGCACUUAGGAAUCAGAAGUUAAAGUACAAUCAUUUUACCGUUUACAUAUUAAGCCUCAUAGUAACUAUCCUUAUGCUGAUAUGUGAAAAAGGCUGACGUUCCACUAAUAAUGUGGAGAGAAUCUACAAUAAUCAAUUUCAAAUUGGAAAUCUACCGAAGAGUGGAUCAACUACAAUCACCUACAAUUCCGUACACCUACAACUCCACGUCAUCUAGUUUGAUUUUAAUAGAAUGAAGUGUUAUCACUGUUAACUAUUGUUUUUUAUAUCCUCAAGUUUGUAUUUCAUACAUGAAUCAAGUUAUUAAAAAUUAUUUCCUGUUGCUUUCCUCUCUCUAAUUUCCUCUCAAAAAGCACGUAAUUUCGCUUUUUACUUGGAUUUUGGUUUUUAUUUGAAGUAGUGAACACUUUGAAAGGAAAAACUAAUUAGAUUUGUUUAAAUCAAUUUCUGUGUUGUAGUUUUUUAACAAUAAUUUUAUUUGAAAAUCAUGACCUAAAACGUAUAGUCUUCACAACGAUUUCUACUAUUUUAAACAACCAAAAUGCAUUUUGUUUCUUAUACUAUGAAAAGAGAAAUCUACAAUCACUGCUUUUAUAUUCUGUGAUGUUUGUUCAAUGUUCAAUGCUUUGCUUCGCUACGCAGCCUAAUUUGAAUUUCCAGUUUUAUCGAUAAAAAAGACAUUCCUUUCUUUCAAUUUGAGUUUUAAUUGGAAAGAAGUUGUACUCAAUUAAUAAAGUUUCGCUUUCCUUCUUUUUUAAAAAAAUUUUAUUUUGUUUUGAGUUAAAUGUUGUUAGAUUAUUCUUCUGCUUUUUGAGUACGUACUCAUAAACCUGAUUUUUGGUUCAUUCCGAAAAUUACUUCUGAACAACCUGUGAUACUUCCUGUUAAAAGAAAACACCUGUUAAACAUCAAACUGUUAAAUAUCAGAUAUGCGA